AAGUGACCAUGUCAGGGUUUGGUAGGAAUGGUUUGGCACUGUAAUUAACACAAUCGCAUUGGGCUCUUGGUUGGAGGGAGCACAGAGUCUGUGGAGUGGGAUAUGCAAGUUAGUGUGAGUGCAUGUGAGAGCUUGUUAAGGAGUGUUGGUACGUGGUGCCAGUGGUGACGGCUGGUGCCAAACUGUGGAUAUACAGAUUGCACUUAAAAUGAAGACUCUGCUUUGGGUCCUGUGGUGCUGCUGGCUUCUAACUCUUACAGUGGCAUCCGAGGCUGAACGGAGGCUACUGGAGGAUUUGUUUCAGGAUUACAACCUGAAGGUGCGGCCAGCGCGUACCUGGAAUGAUCGAGUGAUGGUCCGUGUGGGAAUGACUUUAGUACAGCUCAUCAGCUUGAACGAGAAGAAUGGAGAGAUGACAACAAAUGUGUUCAUGAAUAUGGAAUGGACAGAUUACAGGUUAUCUUGGAAUCCUGAGGACUACGACAGAAUUGACGUUGUGCGAAUUCCUCCCUUAAAAGUGUGGCGUCCAGAUAUUUACCUAAUCAACAAUAAUGAUGGUCAGUUUGAUGUUGCCCUGUAUGUGAACGUGCUGGUAAGGAGUGAUGGAACCGUCUCCUGGUAUCCGCCAGCCAUCUACCGCAGCUCUUGUUCAAUAGAGGUGGCAUACUUUCCUUUUGACUGGCAGAACUGCACAAUGGUGUUUCGUUCCUACACAUAUGAUUCCUCAGAAGUGGACCUUCAGUACGGUCUAGAUGAAGAUGGCAAUGAGCUUCAUGAGAUAGUGAUUGAUGAGAAUGCAUUCACUGAGAACGGUGAGUGGCAGAUUUGUCACAAGCCCAGCAGAAAGAACAUCCACGAUGACUUGUAUGAGGACAUCACCUUCUACCUGAUCAUUGAGAGGAAGCCUCUGUUCUACAUCAUUAACAUCAUCGUGCCCUGCAUCCUUACCAGUGUCCUGGCCAUAUUUGUCUUCUAUCUGCCACCUGGUGCAGGUGAGAAGAUGACUCUAUCCAUCUCUGUCCUCAUCGCUCUCACUGUUUUCAUGCUUUUGUUGGCUGACAAAGUUCCAGAAACAUCACUUGGCAUUCCUAUCAUCGUUAACUAUGUAAUGUUCACCAUGAUUCUGGUGACAUUCUCAGUCAUCCUUAGUGUGGUGGUCCUGAACCUUCACCACAGGACUCCCAGCACACACCACAUGCCCGUAUGGGUGCGAAAGGUUUUCAUCAACUUACUGCCCCGUUACUUGGGUGUGCUGAGGCCCCAAAUGGAGGAUCCGGUGGAAGACGAGCCAAAAGAAACCAUCCCAUUGGGUUGUCUGGACAAAGGUCUCAAACCUGGAGGUGAAUAUUUUAUCCGAAAGAUCAACCCAGAGCUGGUAUUGCCUUGGAGAGGAAGUCAUAAUGAGAACACUGUGAAGUUGCAGAGGUUUUCAAACAGUGACAACUAUUGUCUGAUUCUGCCCCCGAAUCUCAAAUCUGCAAUCGCCGCCAUCACGUACAUGGCUGAACAAUUGAAGAAACAGGAUGUGGACGAUACUAUGACAGAUGACUGGCAGUACAUUGCUGUGGUUUUGGAUCGGCUCUUCCUUUGGCUCUUUGUCAUCAUUACUACCCUGGGAACACUGGCCAUGUUUCUGGAUGCCAGUUUCAACUACACUCCUGACAAACCUUUUCCAUGAGCACAUCUCUUAAACCACAACCACACAGCUACUGCACAGCUCCUGAACACAAAACAUAGUAAGACUGAAGGUUGUGUGGACUGACUCUAGGGGGCACCAGAAAAUCACACAUUUUAUUUUGUCUUUCUUUCUUUCUUAAUGUUUCCAUUUAUAAUACUUUGUUGCUAUCUUUCCAUGACAAUAUAUUUGUUAUUUUCUUUCAGUUCAUCCACUCUGCUUAUAAUCAUACAUUUGCUCUUUACUUAUUACAUACUGCAUUAGGUCACUAUGUUUAAUAAAACUUUAAUAACUAUUUUACUUUUUAAAUAAGAUAUUAAGAAAAUGUUCUCGCCAUAGUCUAGAUUACUUGUUUUCAUAACUUUUUCACUGAUCCAGCGUUCAUAAAACUGAAAGAGCAUGUAAAUUGUUGCCUUUAUUUAAUUGUUUUUUUUUUUUUUUUUCAUUUAUUUGUUGUUUGUUUAUUUUACAUUUCUUUUCUUUGAGAAACUAGAUAUCUCUAAUGUCUUAGAGAAUAUAUGAUGAAAAUUAUAAUCACAUGCAUUCAGCAUAAUCUAAACGACCAUAUUUUUCUCCUUGUGUGCAGCUCUUUUCUGUCUGCCAGCAUUGGUUUGUUAAAUCCUUCCUGGAUCUGACUCGUCACUGAACCAUUAGGAUAUAAAGUCUGACAAGCAUGCUGUAACUCCAUUCUUAGCCAGUCUAGCUAUGGUAAAGUUAAUGAACUGAUGCCCAGUCAAUUCUAAACAACAUUACGUGACCGUUUUCUGGCUUGCACACCUCUUUUUUUUCCAGCCAGUGAUUCAAACAUCAAUAAUAUGUUGUCCAUUUAUUAUUAUUGUGAUGAACCACUUGCUGUUGGCUAAUUCUGAAAUAAAAUGAGAUUUUAAACUUUAAAAAUCGGAAUGAACAGAGCCAAACUCAUGGCUCAUGUUUGGCCUGAAUUUAUAAAGCAAAAUUAUAUGGUUCGUGAUUACCUUACAGCAGCUUUUAUUAGGUUAGCAUAAAUUAUUUGGA